CUCUGCCUCAGCACUGCCCAAGCCUCCCUUCUGUUCCUGCCCCAGGACCCCUGGGUGGGCCCUAGACCACUCCGGGUCCCCAGACUCAAUCUUAGUCCGGACUCACCUGGCGCCCAGCCCCGGCCUCGGGCUUCGCCGCCAGGGGGCGCCGUGUGAGCGCCCUAUCCCGGUCACCGGGCGCCCCCUCCCGUGGCCCAGGUGGGACGGGAGGGGGUUGCUGGGGGCCAUGCGGGGCCAGGGUCGCAAGGAGAGUUUGUCCGAUUCCCGAGACCUGGACGGAUCCUAUGACCAGCUCACCGGCCACCCUCCAGGGCCUACUAAAAAAGCGCUGAAGCAGCGGUUCCUCAAGCUGCUGCCGUGCUGCGGGCCCCAAGCCCUGCCCUCAGUCAGUGAAAUUGGCCAGGUCUUCAGCUUUCUCGGUGACAGUUCACUCCCUUCAGCAUUAGCCGCCCCAGCCUCCCUACGCCCCCACAGACCCCGCCCGCUGGACCCAGACAGCGUGGAGGAUGAGUUUGAACUGUCCACCGUGUGUCACCGACCUGAAGGUCUGGAGCAGCUGCAAGAGCAAACCAAGUUCACUCGCAAAGAGUUGCAGGUCCUGUACCGAGGCUUCAAGAACGAAUGUCCCAGCGGAAUUGUCAAUGAGGAGAACUUCAAGCAAAUUUACUCUCAGUUCUUUCCUCAAGGAGACUCCAGCACAUAUGCCACUUUUCUCUUCAAUGCCUUUGACACCAACCAUGACGGCUCGGUCAGUUUUGAGGACUUUGUGGCUGGUUUGUCAGUGAUUCUUCGGGGAACCAUAGAUGACAGGCUGAACUGGGCCUUCAACCUGUAUGACCUCAACAAGGAUGGCUGCAUCACCAAGGAGGAAAUGCUUGAUAUCAUGAAGUCCAUCUAUGAUAUGAUGGGCAAGUAUACGUAUCCUGCACUCCGGGAGGAGGCCCCAAGGGAACAUGUGGAGAGCUUCUUCCAGAAGAUGGACAGGAACAAGGAUGGUGUGGUGACCAUUGAAGAAUUCAUUGAGUCUUGUCAAAAGGAUGAGAACAUCAUGAGGUCCAUGCAACUCUUUGACAAUGUCAUCUAGCUCCCCAGGAGAGGGGAUCAGUUGUCCAGGGGGGACAUGCUCUAGCCCUAGUCCAGUCGGACCUCAUCCUUCUCUUUCCACCUCUUUCCUCAUCCUAGCCCUGCCCUAGGGCCUUUAGGAAUACAAGAGCCUGGAGAUUCAGUGGUUUAGAUCAUUGGAGCUGAAGAGGCCAGGGGUGGGCUGAGUAUAUCAUCUGGGUAUUCCCAACUCCCAACAGCUCCCACUCCCUUCCUGACAUUCAUUGCUAAGGGUGCCCCUGCUAUAGGAAUUAAGUGGUUUUCCACCUCCCACCCCAACUCUAGAAACCACAACACUAGACAAAUUUUUCCUGCUAUGGUGCUUCCCCUAUCCCUGAUCUCAUAAACAUUUUUCCUAAAGUCCCUUCUCAAAGAGGCUGUUCUGUCCUUGGCACUAAUUGGCCUUUUAGACCAGGGCCUUUGAGAGCUCUGUAAGAGAGGGACAAGAAUGUAAAGAGAGAAAUCUUGGGCUUGAGCCAGUGGUUAGGUCCUAGGAGGUAGCUGGAGUAUAGAGCAGAAAGGCCUAGAGAUUGUGAGAGCUAAGGCAUGCCAGGCUAUCACUCUGAGCUCCACAGGUCUACCAUCAAGCAGUCAGAAUAUGAGUUUCCAGGCUUUUCAAAGACUUUUUCUCCUUGGAAAUACCCCAGAAAUUUUCCAUACACUGCUCAGUAUCCCAAGAGAGUCUGGGGUUGUGAAGUCUGGCUCAUCCCUAGAAUUUUUUUCUUUCCUUCCUUUUUGUUUGUAUGGCAGCAGGAGAAUAUGGGUGGGAGACGUCCUGGCUGAUUCCUAUCAAAGGUUCAGCCUACCAGCAUGGAAUGAGUCAGGGACCAUCCAGUGGAUGCAUUAGAAGAAAAGGAAAGGAGGGAGGCAGGCAUAGCAUCUGAACCCAGUGGCAUUCAUUAGAAUCUUUAUUCUACCAUGGCAUUAUUUCAACCCCCCACAUAGCCUCCUCAAUUCCCACCUAGGGUCUCCUCUUGCUCCAUUAAAUCUACUCUGAGAUGCCCCUGAACACACCUAGAAGGCAGGAACCGUAGGAUCCAGGUCCCACGUCAUCAUCAGCAACUCUGCCAUGCUGCCACUCCUUAAUAUAACUGCUUAUCCCAUUAGCCAUGAUCUGAGGGGAAGGGCCCCCAGGAAGCUUUCUUUCCCAUCAGAACACUGUUGACUGCUUUGCAUUUUUGGCUCCU